GCAGCACUCGAGCUUGUCCGGACAGUCGACGUCCAAGUCGUCAAAUCCAGUAGCCUUCAAGGACUCAAGCAGGACUCAACCGGGUCGCGACGCCACUCAGGAUGGGAAGGAGAAAGAUUGAGAUACAGCCCAUCACCACCGAACGCAAUCGCUCGAUAACAUUCCAAAAGAGGAAGAACGGGCUGUUCAAAAAGGCGUAUGAGCUGGGCGUGCUGUGUUCGGUCGACAUCGCGGUCGUCAUAUUCGAGCGUACCAAGACCGGGGAGACGAAAUGCUACGAGUACUCGUCAGACGAUCUGUCGGACAUUGUCAUGAGACGCAUGAGUUUCCAAGGUUCGAAGGAAGUACGCUCGCCACGAGACUUCAAGGACAACGUCGCUAAGGACGAAGACGAAGAAGAUGAAGACGAAGAUACGCAUGAAGGCGACAACAAAAAAUUUGGGAUGGCAAAAGGCAAGGCGAAAGCAAAGGUGAAAAACACAACUGCCACAUCCGAAAGCCCUGAAUCCAAGCCCCUCGCGUCUCCUCCAGAAAACGCCCCUCAGCCGCACAACCCCCUCUCCUUCCCCUUCUCUGCCGAGCGCGGCUCCGCCUUCCCCCAACCGCCCCCCUCCUCCAACCCCUCCUUCACCCCCGACCUCGAGACCAUCCGCUGGCUCGCGGGCCUUCAAGCCCAAGCCAGCGCCGCCCAAACCCCACACCAAGAGCCUUGGCUCCCCACCUUGCCGCCGUCCUACUCCGAGUCGACCACCAUGGCCAUUCCCCGCCUGACCCACCCCGGGUUUCCCGCACGGAACCCGCUUUCGCUGGCCUUCGACGAGCUCGGGCUCUCUCCUUCGUCGUCGAGCAUGCGCCCUGCAGUGCCCCAGUUCGAUUGGCCGAUACACCAGCCGGACGUGCAGCACAUCUCCAAAUUCGCGGCGGCGAAAACCUCGUCGAGCGCCCCUUUUGCGCAUCAGCCGCCCAUGCCGGAGAUCCCGGACAUGUCGUGGCUCGAGCUCCUCUCCGCUGCGCCGUCGCACUCCCAGCCCUCUCCUCCUCCUCCGCACCCGACUCCGACGUACCUGCAUCACGACGGACUGGCGAUGCCGCAGUCUGAUCAUGAGUCUGAAAGGAGUCGAAAGCGGCAGAGGGGGGAUGGGGAUGCAUUCAGCUGACAUGGUUAAGAGUGGAAUGGCACGCAUCUUCUUGGUGGACGUUGACGAGGUGUACUAUAAUGGACCUAUAAAUAUAAAGAUAUCUGCGACAUUUACUGUGGAUUCCUCUUGUGUGUAGUAUAUAUUUGCUAGUAUGGACUGGACGGAAAAUACCGUGUCUCCUUGUUCCCGAGC